AUGGAGGAGGUUCACAUAUCGGAUUGGCCGGAGCCUCCCGGCUCGCAUGCAUGGCUGCCCGCUUACGGCUUCCAGCAUGAAAUAAUGGAGAAAGACGAGUAUUUCGUCUCCAAUGGUGACAAUGGCAGCAAUCACGCUUUGUACCUUGAGACAAUUGUCGAGGAGACAAGCGAUGAUUUGCGAUCAGAACGCUCUUCUGCCGCAACUUGGCUAUCUGAUUCGGAUGCUGACUCUGUUAUCCAUGUACGAGGAACCGCAGGUUCUGACUGUGACAGCGAGUCUGAACGCGAGUGGGCGUGUCCAGCCAAGAGACGUCGUCGUGAGCGCGCCACCUCGCCCAUCAGCACCGGCUCCCUGUCUCGCUCCUCCAGUCUAGCCCAGUUCGAGUCUCUGGAACGUUCGUGCGCCGCGCCCGUCUCCCCCAGCCUGUCCCCGGACUCCCUGGAGUCUCCUCCGUCCUCCCCGCCCCCCUCUCGGCCCGCGCCCCGCGUCCAUCUCUCCACCGAGAACCUCAGUGAGGACAGUGGUUACAGCGAGCGCGCCCGCCGCCCUCCCCCUCCGCCGCCGCCGCCCGCUCGUCUCCGCACACCCGAAAUAGCCCGCGGGCCGGUGGCUGGCAGCGUGCCCUGCCUCGCCUCGCCCAGUGCCGGCCGCCGUCAGCCGCGGUCCGUGCGCGCGCUCUCACUGCCCGCCGAGCUGGAUGUGUGCUCCGAGCCGCUGCGUCACUCCGCCGACACACACACGGCCAGGUUCAGGCAGACCUUCGAAGUUUGCGACAGCUUCACCGUCAGCGUGGCGGACCUGACGGCCCUCGACUACCGCGGGGCGCCGCGCCGACCCCGCCUCCCCCCGCCACCACCCCCGCCGCGACCCUCGCACCGGCCGCCGCCGCCCCCUCGAGAUGAUGUGGUCCGACCCUCACGCGUCACGCCGGCCCGCGAGCCGUCCGCCGGCAGUGACUCCACCACCGAGUCCGAGAGGGCGUUCGCGGUCGAGAUGGAAGCGACCGCACGCAGAUUAGACGAAAAUGCCAAAAAAGCUCUCGCCGAUACUGGGAACUACGACCGCGAGAUAUCAGUACUGACCGCGAGACGGCUGCAGGACUCGUGGGCCGCCUGGGACGACGUGCUGGAUGAGUUGAGGAGGAGGAUGGAGCCGGCCUCCCCCACCCCCUCCCCCCCGAGGAGCCCCUCACCUGAACCUCUCCGGGAGCCCUCGUUCUCAUCGACCCCUCUCCGUGCGGGGGACGCGCGGGUCCGGUCCACGCCCGAGCUCCGCGCUCGAGCGACGCCGCAGCGGGAGACCCCGGAGGAGCUGCGCGCCUCCUUACAACUGAUGGCCCCUCGUCCUGAACCACCGCCUCCCGUCCGCUCCGUGUCCACGGGCUCCAAGGGCGUCACGUUCUCCCCGGUCGUGGCGGAGGUCAGUUGGCGCGACACGAGCACGAGCAGCGAACAGAGCAGCGACAGACGCACGAGCGAGAGUUCUAGCGCGAGCGUGGACGGCGCUGACGCAGAGGUGGUCGUAGUGGAGGGGACCGGCGGGCCGGCGCCAGCGACGCGCGCAGAACGCACCGCGGACAUGACGGAAACGGCCGCGCGCGCGCCUCGGGGCAGGAUCGCCGGGUUCCUAUCUCGGUUCGCGAACUUCCGCUUCUCGGGGCGCAAGGAGAAAAAGACGCGCGGCGCAGGCGCGAACAGCAGGCCGGGCGGCGGCGCGGCGACGGCGGCAGACGGGCAGGGGGCGCGAGCGGGCACCGGCGCGCCGCAGUAUGUACGGAUCCCGCUGAAGGAGGAAGGUGUGUCACGCUCCACGGCAGCCCCGGCGGGCGGCGUGGCGCACAAGCCGCCGCGGCCGCGCCCGCCGCCCGCUCCCGCCGCGCCCGGCGUGCUGGAGACGGACGUGGACACGCAGCGCACGGUGCUGCACGCGCGCUCCCUGCUGGCGCUGGGCCCGCCCGACCACCGCGCGCCCCCCGACCACACAAGUCCAUGGAGUUCCUGCUCGACAAGGACAGCGCGCAAGCUAUACAGGUCAGUUACACUCACACUACACCUAAACUAA